CCCCACCUACGUUUCUGAAGCUGAUUGGACUCGCGCAGAUACACAGCUAUGAUUUAAUAAACAGAAUAGUGGACACAUCACUCUGUCCUCGCGGAUCUCGUCGCUGCACUGCAGGAGCUAUCCGUAUCAUCGUUUCGCUCUCACCACCAAGCAUCCGCACCCGGGCGCGCGCACGGUCUUCUCCAACUGUCUUUAACAUAAUAUUCAUAUUCGAAUAUUACCACGUCGGAAAACAGCUUGUCUAGGCUAUAGGUGGUGUUAAUAAGAAGAUGAAAAACGGAUUGUUGCUGGUGGCUCUGUUCCUCGUCAUGAAACUCCGCUCAAGCCAGUCCAGCUGCGAGGAGCCUGCUGCUGGGGCGCUCAGAUCAACUGCUGACUCAGAGGAUACUCCAGGUCUUGAAAACCUCAAGCGGACCAUUCUGAAGAGAUAUAACGACCUAGAUUAUGACAGCUUUGUUGGGCUGAUGGGUAGAAGGGGCGCUGAUAUUUAUGAAGUACCUCCUUCUCCACAUAAAAGAGAGAUGGAUGAUGUCUUUGUUGGGCUUAUGGGCAGAAGAAACUUGGAACAAGGCAACAUGCGUCCUUUGAGAAAGGAGGCAUACCCUGAGACAAGAAGAGGAGGCUUAUUCUUUAAUAAGUGCAGACUGAGGUUUCGGCGUGGGUUGUAGACAAGACAUUCAUCCAGACCCAUCCCUAACAUCCAGCCAAGGCAAAACCCCUUUUCAGAAGAUUGGAGUUAUUAUUAUACAAUACAGAAAAGAAACAACUAUUUAUUUUACAAAACAAAGUAUUUGCGAAAACAUCUAUGGAAUUUAAACUGACCAAAAUCAACCUGCUACUGUAACAUGUGCCCGAUGAGUUGUCAUAGUAACUAAUAGCUAUAAUGUAUUACCUGAAAGAAAUCAGUAACAGAUCCAUCUGAUAAGAACUAUUUCUUUACCAUAUGUUUGUGAUUCAAAUUAAAGAAAUAAUCAAAUGUG